AUGGCCACCGAGAAAGAUAUCGUCAGCCCUCCCGACAUGGAGGAUGGCCAGGAAACAAGGGUGGUUUCGAAGCACAACACCGCCGAUGCCGAUGCCAAUGCCGAUAUCGAUAGCACCGUCGCCACCUCCUCGGGACAGGAAGAGACGGCGCAAAUUGACAUCGAAGCCCAAACCCAACCCCAACCCCCGACCUCGGCCCUGGCCAUGUCAAGGACCAUCAGCCAGAAGCCGUACACAGCCUUCUCCAACAGGGCCAAGUGGUUCAUUGUGAUCAUGACCAGUAUGGCAUCCUUCUUCUCGCCUCUAUCGGGCCAGAUCUACUUUCCCGUGCUGCCGAUCCUGAGCGACAACUACCACCUGUCUUCGAGUCUGAUCAAUAUCUCCAUCACCACGUAUAUGAUUUUCCAGGGGAUCACGCCGAGCUUCAUGGGCACCUUCUCCGAUGCCAGUGGGCGACGACCGGGAUAUAUCCUGGCAUUCGCCAUCUACACCGGGGCGAAUAUCGGUCUCGCGCUGCAGAACAGCUACGCGGCCCUGCUUGUGUUGCGGUGUCUGCAGAGUGCCGGCAGCAGCGGGACAAUUGCGUUCGGAUACGGCGUGAUUGCCGACGUCGCCACGACCGCCGAGCGAGGAAAGUUCUUUGGUCCCAUGGCGGCCGGGGUCUUGACGGCGCCCGCGCUGGGACCGACCAUCGGUGGCCUCUUGACGCAAUAUCUCGGCUGGAGGGCCGUCUUCUGGUUCCUGACCAUCAUCAGUGGCGGGUUCUUGACCAUAUACAUCAUCUGCAUGCCCGAGACCCAUCGCAAGAUUGUGGACGAUGGGAGCAUUGUGCCGCAUCAGCGGUGGCGCCAGUCGCUGGUGCAAUAUCUGGCCGCUCGACGUCGGCUGAAAAAGAUGAGUGCCACCGACAGAGAGGAGUACAGACGCGCACAGCUGGAGCUGGCCGAACGGCAACAGGGCAGCAAGCUCCGAUUCCCUAAUCCGCUCGGAUCUUUUGUCAUUCUCACCCACCCGGAUGCAUUCUGUCUCAUCCUGUACACCGGCGUGACCAUGUUCAGCAACUUGGUCGCCAUGACCACUACACCAACCGUGUAUCCCAAGCUGUAUGGGAUGGAUGAGUUGCAGGUUGGGUUGUGCUUCCUACCACUCGGCGUAGCCGCCACAAUUGGCGCACUUGUGAACGGCCGGCUCCUCGACUGGAACUAUGGCCGCAUUGCCCGUCAACUGGGCCUCAAGAUUGACCGGAAACGAGGUGACGAUCUCCUCCAAUUUCCCAUCGAGCGGGCUCGCCUCCAGUGCGUCUUCUUCUCGCAAGCACUGCAGGUGGCGGUUUUUCUCCCCUACGGCUGGGCCCUGGAGAAGCAUGCCUCCCUCGCGGUGCCACUGGUCUUGCAGUUCAUCAUGGGUUUCUGUCUGGUGGUGUCAUCGAAUUCCGUCAGCACGCUGCUGUCCGACAUUUACCCCAGCAAAGUGUCCACGGCGUCGGCGGCUUCGAACCUCGUGCGGUGCCUUUUAGGUGCCGUGGGCGCGGCCGUGGUUGAUAAUAUGCUGACCAGCUUGGGAGUGGGUUGGUCUUUUGUCUUGGUGGGUUUGCUGUUGGCGGCCGCCACUGGCUUUCUAUGGGUCGAAAUGACAUGGGGGAUGGGAUGGCGGCAGAAGCGGUGGUUGAAGGAACGGGGGGAGAGAGAAGAGAAGCAAGCCGAGCAAGCCGAGAGAGAAGACAAGGGACAGCAGCAGCAACGGCAACACCAAGCGGAGCAAGCCAAGCAAGCCGAGAAAGAAGAGAGAGAGAAGGAGCAGCAGCAGCAACGGCAAGCCGAGCAAGCCGAGAGAGAAGAGAAGGGACAGCAGGAGCAGCAGCAGCAAUAG